AUGGCGGGCCCCAGGUGCCCCCCGCCUCCCUCCCGGGCAGGGGAGGGGGGCCGCUCAGGGGGCCACACGGAGAGAGGGCGCCGCGGCCGGCUCCCGGCUCCCCCGGCGGUCACAAUCACCCGGCUCCACGCUGCGGCCGCCGCCGCCGCCGCCGCUCCCCUCACGCCGCUGCGGACGACGACAAGCGGCCAAUCGUCCCCGCCCCCCGCGGCCCGCCGCGGCCCGCCGCCGCGCCGAACCUGGUCACACCCACAAGGAGAGGAGAACCCUCGCAGCCCCUCGCUCGGGGUGAAACUCCAACAUGGCUUCCGCUUUCGCCGCUCCUCCCCCUCCCCUUACUCCGGCUCCUCCAACCUCCUCCCCUUUUCCCGACUCCCGCCCGACUGCGCAGCCGCGAUCCCGGAGGGAGCGCUCCAGGCCUGGCGCGCACCCGACCCCUUGCGCGUUCCGGCUCCGCGCGCCUGCCAGGCCGGGGCCGGCGGCGGAACAGCUUGGGACCCGAAACGCCUCGGCUUUUCUGCGGACCCGCGCCCGGCCGCUGCCGCCGGACGCUUGAAAAGGAACAAGAGGAUUUAUCUGACUCAACUGGAGAUGGCUCCCUUCCCUAAUUUAUUGUUGCAUCCUGAAGCUUCCCCCAUGCUGGGCUCAGUGUGAACAAACAGCGCGGGAGAAUGCAACCACUGCAGAGGUACAAGUUCACAGAGGCAGAGCCGCCCCUCGACUGGGCCAGAGGCAAAGACAAACCCCAACCUCUUUCUUGUCAUUCAUUGAAUUUUGCUGAACCUGGAAAGGAAAUAAAUUCCAAAGGCAGGAAGUGACCCAGAGACCAUAACAAUAUGUGAAAAGCUUAGCCGGUGUUUCCGCCCCUUUGUUUCAAACUAUUCUAAUCUGUGUCCCAGGAAGCCUAGCCCAUGGCCAGAUGGAGAUCUGUUUUCAGAUGCCUCCUGGCAUCUGCCACUCCCGGCUGGUGACAUUUGCACAUUUCAGAAGGCAAACCUGUCCCAACAUCUUCAAACUUCCAGAGAGGUGUAGCACCAGGAAAGUCCUUGGGUCUCCGGCUGACAGCACCAACCAGCUGAUUUGCUUCAUCUGCAGCUGAACUGCUGCUGGACUCCAGCCUAGAACACUAGUGCACACCGGGUUUGUUCUUGAAGAUUUGCAGAUUCUGAAAUCAAAAUGCCCUGUGUUGCCAGAAAAGGCUGGCUCCCUUGCCUGCUUCAUAAUUCCUUCUCACCAGGCUUUCCUAAAGAAACUCAAUGAGUCAGGAAGGAAGAAAACAUGUCUGAGGGAGAUCUGGAGAGUGGUUGAUCAUACUGUAAAACUCAAAUGUGAAGGGAAGGCUGGAACCUACUGGAAACUGAAUGAAGAUCUAACGAAAAGAAGGAACUUUUAGGAACUAGCAGAGACUUCAAAAUGUUGAGAACUCUCUUUUUUCAUAAGAGAAGAUAAAAACUCUGAUGGUCACACUCAUAAAGACAAAAAACAAAUAAAAAACAAACAAAAACUCAGAAUCACAAGAGCAAAGAAAAUGUAGGUAAAACAAUAACAGAAGAGGUAAAGAAAUUUAUGUGAAUUGGGACACUCUGGGGCACAGAACAGAAGAGGAGAAGAAACAUGAAAGUAAUGCUCUGCACAAGGAUGUCUGAGUGUCCUUGAUUCCAAGGGCAUUUAAAAUUAGCCACUGGAUGAGAACCAUGAAAUGCCAUGACUCUUACAGCUCCCAUGAAAGACAUUGGAUGGAACUUAUCCUAACUGGACCAAAUUCUAAAAAAUUUUACAUGAUAUUAUAAUGAGUUGAAAGUUGAAAAAAAAAAGCUCUUCUAGAUUACCAAGAAUAAAACACAAAUUUCUAGCUGACUGAAUUAAUUCUCAUUUCUCUAUAGAAAGAUCAUAGAAAUUUUUUUUUAUCAUGCAAAGAAAUAGCUAAAAAUUUACAAAAAUAUAGACGUGCGUUAGGCAGCUCAUGAGUAAAUGCGUUUUUUCCUUUUUUCCUCCAGAAUUUUGUGAUGUUUAUGAUACUUUUUGGCUUUUAAAAUUUUGUAUUUAAUCAGGAUUUAUUACUUCAUUGUAAGUAAAUAUUAAAUUUGUACUCCAUCUUUGUUUGUAAUUUUGUAUAUUUUUCAGUAAAAAGGACUCCCCAGAUUAUGUAAGCUUUAGGCCCCACAAAAUCUAGGCCUGUUGCUGUAUCCUUUCUAGAGCAGUGUUUCUCAAACUUCAAUGUGCAUUUGAAUCUCCUGGGGCUCCUGUUAAAAUAUAGCUUCCGAGAUGAUGCAUUUCUAACAGACUCCCAGGGCUGACACUGCCCAUCUGGGGACCACACUUUGAGAAUCAAAUAUCUAGAACAAUGGUUCUUACCUGGCUGUGCAUUGGGAUCAUUUAUAGUGCUUUUGGAAAAUACAUUGUGUCCAGGUCCCACCCAGUUCUCAGUAGGCUUGGAAUGGGGUCCUACACUUUUUUUUUUUAACUCCACAGUUUGGGAAAGAAGCCUUUUCAUAUAUUGUUGGUGGGAGUACAAAUUGAUACAGCCAUUUUUGAGCUUGAUUUGGCAAUAUCUUCCUUGGAGAAAUCAAAAGCCAGUUGGCAAGCCAGUCUGGAAAAGGCAGUUUACUGAUUCCCACCCAAGGGUCACAAAGCAGGUAUAGAAGGAUGGGCUUUGGCUGAAAUAUAUGAUGGGUACAGGUAUAUUCUCUAUAAUCCAGUAUUUCCACUUCUAAAAAUGUAUCCUAGUAACAUUAUACAUAUCAAGCCUACAUAUAAAGUUGUUCAAUUCCAUAUUAUUUGUAGUAGGGGAAAACUGAAAGCAGUCUACAUGCCCAUCAAUAGAUUAUUCAAAUUAUGGAACAGUUUUCCAAUGACAAAACAAUAGCUAAUCUUAGUUAAGCAAUUAUUAUGUUAUGUAAGGUAGACAUUGUUCUACCUUAUUUAUAAGUAUUAAGUUAGUUUUGAUAACUAUCAUAUUUUCAUUUUACAAGUGACAUAAUUUAUAUUAUUGACAUGGGAAGAUGUCCAAGGAUAUAAUAAGCAAAAAGCAAGUAGCAGAACAUUAUGUAUAUUAUGCAUUACCAUUAUAAUAUACUAAAAAGUAAUGCACUUGAUUCUGAUGCACACUCCCCAGUAGGUAACAACUUAUCUAGUGUAAAAAUGAAAGAACAUUCUGGGCCGGGCGCGGUGGCUCCUGCCUGUAAUCCCAGCACUUUGGGAGGCCCAGGCGGGCGGAUCACAAGGUCAGGAGAUCGAGACCAUCCUGGCUAACAUGGUGAAACCCCGUCUCUACUAAAAAUACAAAAAAAAAAAUUAGCUGGGCGUGGUGGCGGGCGCCUGUAGUCGCAGCUACUCAGGAGGCUGAGGCAGGAGAAUGGCGUGAACCUGGGAGGCGGAGCUUUCAGUGAGCAGAGAUAGCGCCAUUGCACUCCAGCCUGGGCGACAGAGCGAGACUCUGCCUCAACAACAACAACAACAAAAAAAAAAAAAAAAAAAAAAAGAACAUUCUGUUACCUCAAACAAGCUGUUUUCAUGCAAUUUAGUUAACUGGUAGCACUUUCAGAAGACAAAGUAAAAAUGGUUAGGUCAAUUUGGUGGCAUAGAGUAUUCUAUCGAUCGGUGGUCUAAAGAGUAGUCAUUCUGAGUGAUCUCUAACAUUAGGGUUGAUGGAAGAGAUGACCCAUAGAUGUCCCUACAUCUCAUUUCUCUUAGGACACACACUUGGGAGAAAUCAUCCAGUGCACUUUGUCCAGGCCUUUUACUUGUACCAACUACUUUGCAUUAUGCUGUUUUCACUUUAGUGGUUCUGCCUUCUAGUCCACAGAAAAGUUUUUUCUUAACGUAUUUUUUUCCCAACACUUUAUUAUGGGAAUUUUCAAACAUACAGAAAAGAUAAAAGAAAUUUACAGAGAAUACUCGUGUCUCUAUCAGCUAGAUUCUACAGUUAACAUUUUACUAUACUAGUUUUAUUGCAUAUCUAUUUAUCUCCCUGUGCAUCCAUGGAUCCAAUUCAUCUUUAGGAUGCAUUUCAAAGCAAGUUGCUGACGUCAGUACACUUCCCUCUCAAUACUUUAGUAUGUGGAUCAAUAACCCUAGCUUAAGAUUUGUUGAUUGUUUUUCUUUCCUUUUGAAGUAAAAUUUACACACAAGGAAAUGCACACAUCUUAAGUGGUCCAUUUGAUGAGUUUUGAGUAAUGCCUACAUUGUGUAACUCAAACCUCUAUCAAGAAAGAACAUUACCAUACCUGAGAGUAUCCUCAUGCUCCUCCCCUGGGGUACUCCCUGCCUCUCCACACCAAUCCCCCCAGGUAACAACUGUUCUGAUAUCCCCCUCACCAUAUAUACCUGCUCUAGAACAUCAUAUAAAUGGAAUGAUACAGUAUGUCUUUUGUAUAAGCUUUAUUCCACUCAGCAUAAUGUUUUUGCCAUUCAUCCAUAUUAUUGAUCAUAUUAGUACCUUGCUCCUUCUUAUUACUGAGUAGUAUUAGAUUGUAUAAACAUAGCAUAGUCUAUUUUCCUAUUUUGAUGGAUAUGUGGGCUUGUUCUGAUUUUUGCUUAUUAUGAAUAAAACUUCUGAGUAUUCUUGUACAA